UCGGCGCGCAGGUGGAGCGGUGCCGGCGAGCGGACCGACACGCCGAGCCCAGCCCAGCCCCGCCGAGCCCGGCCCCGGGAGCAGCCCCGCCGCCCGCCCCGCGCCCCGCCCCGCUCCGCCCGGCCCGGCCCGGCGGCGCCGCAGCCGGCAGCAUCGCGGCGGGACUGCCCGGGGAUGCAGCCGCGCUAAGAACAAAAGCCCUCUGCGCGGUCACGCUCCGGGGCGUGAAGGCGGCCCGACCCGGCCAAACUUGGAUCGCUGCCCCCCCCCGCCCGCCGCUCCUCCGCGGCCGUGCCCAGGAUCGAACUCCCCGGCGCCUUCCCCGCACGCCGCGGGCAGCGGCAGCGCCUGCGACCCGGGGCUCCCCCCGCCCGCCGUCCCGCCGCGGCUGCCCGGGGAGGGGGGCCGCGCCCCGGAGCCCCGCCGCCCGGCUCCGCGCCGCCCGGGGCCCCCGGCCGCCUGCCCGCCGCGGGACCUUGGCUUUGCCCUUCGCACGGCAGGUGGCGGGGCCAGCGGAGAAGGAUGCGUUUCUUCCCGUGGGGAUUUUGGCUGCUGUGUGUCGCCUCCGCCCCGGCUCGCGGUGACAGCGGCAGCAAGGCGAGGAGCUGCGCCGAGGUCCGGCAGCUGUAUGGGGCCAAGGGCUUCAGCCUCAGCGGCGUGCCCCAGGCCGAGAUCUCCGGGGAGCACCUGCGAAUCUGCCCACAAGGCUAUACUUGCUGCACCAGCGAGAUGGAGGAGAACUUUGCAAACAAAAGCCGAAGUGAAUUUGAAGCCAUGAUGAAAGAAGCCGGUCGUUCUGUGCAGACAACCCUAACAGCGCAGCACAGAAGUUUUGACGGUUAUUUCCAGGAUUUGUUGAACAAGUCAGAAAAGGCCCUUUAUGAUGCUUUUCCAAGCAUGUAUGGAGAAUUGUACACUCAAAACAUGAAGGUCUUCAAGGACUUGUACAGCGAGCUACGCCGCUAUUACCGGGGCUCCAACAUCAACUUGGAAGAGGCCCUCAAUGAGUUCUGGACACGCUUGCUGGAGCGGCUCUUCAAGCUGAUGAAUCCCCAGUACCAUAUCACAGACGAGUACCUGGACUGCAUGGUGAAACAUGCAGAGCAGCACAAACCCUUCGGGGAAGUUCCCAGGGACCUGAAGGUGAAGGCAACCCGAGCCUUCAUCGCGGCACGCUCCUACGCGCAGGGCUUCCUGGUGGGCAGUGACGUGGUCAGAAAGGUCUCUCAGGUCUCCCUCAGCCACGAGUGCACUCGCGCCAUCAUGAAGCUGAUGUACUGCCCGCACUGCCGGGGCAUGUCCAGCGUGAAGCCGUGCAACAACUACUGCCUGAACGUCGUGAAGGGCUGCCUGGCCAACCAAGCAGACCUCAACACCGAGUGGAAGUACCUGAUGGAUUCCCUGGUCGUAGUGGCUGACCGGAUUGACGGACCGUACAACGUAGAUACUGUAAUAGGGACCAUUCACAUGAGGAUCGCUGAAGCUAUUUCUAACUUGCAGGAAAACAAAGACUCGAUCACAGCCAAGGUUUUCCAAGGCUGUGGAAAUCCCAAAAUCAGUACAAAAGGCUCCAGCAGCGAGGACAAGAAAAGGCGGGGGAAGGUCGCAUUAGAAGCAAAAUCCUCUGCACAAGCACUGGAGAUGCUGGUUUUAGAUGCCAAAGGGAAUCUGACAGCUCUCAAGACUUACUGGAUCACCCUGCCCAGCAGCCUGUGCAGCAAAAAAGUAAUGGCCAGCUCAGUGGCGGAUGACAAGUGUUGGAAUGGGAUGAGCAAGGGCAGUUACCUGCCCGAGGUGAUGGGGGACGGCUUAGCUAAUCAGAUUAACAACCCGGAGGUGGAGGUGGACAUCACCAAGCCAGAUAUGACCAUUCGCCAGCAAAUCAUGCAGCUGAAGAUCAUGACAAACCGGCUGGGCAACGCUAACAUUGGGAACGACGUGGAUUUCCAAGACGCAAGUGACGACAUGAGUGGCUCCGGGAGUGGCGACAGCUGUCCUGAUGACGUCUGUGGCAAGAGACUUUCUAAGAGCCCCAGCACCAGGCAGCCAGAAACGCACGCUAUUCCUAAGCAGUCUGGACACGGCAUCAAUGGAGCCAGCAGCAGAUCUUUGCCCUCUGCCUUCCUCCUCCUCCUCUCGGUGGCUUUCAUCGCCGUGCAGCACUUGUGGCGGUAACUCACUAGCACAGCCAGGAAAGAGACUGCGGCCGAGGGCUUCACUUUGCCAAAACCAACCAACCAACCAACCAACCAAAGGACAUAUUUAAUUCACCUUGGCAAAAAAAAAAAAAAAAAAAAAAAAAAUAGAGGGAGGAGAAAAAGGUUUCAGUUGUUUGCUAUUUCUGGCAGUGCUCGAGCAGCUGUUUUCUUCUUUCUUGGUCUUUUCCCCAGUGCUGGGCCCUUCUUUCCGUACCUCAUUGUUUUACUUUUGUUAUUGCCACAAACUGGCUCUCGGGGCUGAAACGAGCCUUUGCAGAGGCUGCCGGGGGGAACCCGGCUGGCCCCUCCGAGGGCAGCUCUUCUGCUGCCCCCCAUGGAAUAUGCAAUUGCCCUGAUCCUGUUUCCCAGCCGCUGGCCAGAGCGCUGCUUCCCAUACAGCUGCCGAAAGCAGGACGGUGCCAAGAGCAACGCCACGUCGUACCGCGGAGAGACCGAGAGCGUCAGCGCUGCUCAAGUGCUGCAUUCAGGGGCUCUUUCGGGUUUUUCCUCUGUACUUCCCAGGCAGAGAGAGAUGGCCCUUCGCUUCCAGCGGCGUGCGUAGGAGCGUGAGCAGGUUCGGUGGGUUGAACUGAAACGGUUUGGCAGUGGCUGUUGGACCCGAAAAUGCAGAACUCCCUUUUUCUUUGGAAAGGUCACAAGUGGGUUUCUUGACUAGAGCUUGUAGCUGACGACAAUUUGAAAUGUAGGUCUCCUACAUCUAAGUGACUGGGAAUGAGUGUUAAGGGUUGGGGGUUGGGGUAUUUUUUCUUUGCAUGCUAGUUGGAAAGCCAUUUUUUACCCAAGUAAUAAUGGUCCAAUUUCUACCUGCAGUGCAGUACCGUCGUAGGUAACAGAGAGAUGAAAAUAUGCACAGUGGGAUUCUCCACUUGACAGACAGUUGUGCUGCCUCCUCCUCCUUUGGCCCCAGCUGUGGGUGGGAAUCCCUUUUUUUUUUGGUAAAUAAGAAAGACCAGGGACUUUUUACUAACUGGAGCAUUGCAGCUGGUUGUGAGAGCUCACAGCUGGCACGUAUGGCAGCGCCCCCGGGGCAGCUGCCCUGGGGCAGAGCAGGGCUGGUGGCCGUUAGCCCUGGGCACUGUCCCCACCCAGGAGAUGGACUCAAGGUAGCAUCUACCAGGGGGAUGUGAGGAUGGGACACGUUUCGUUUGGGAUUUUUAUUUUUCUUCUGGUGUUUGUUCCUGUUGCAUUGUAGGUUUUUAAGUGAAUCCCCACUUUCCAUGUCCCUUCCCUACCCUCUGAUGCGCCUUCCCUAACGGCUGCGGGGAUGGGGUGAGACGGUGGGUCAGGCACCCGCCAGCAGCUCUGGUUUGGCUCAGGGAAGGGCCAGGCUCAGCCUCUGCUGCCCCGUCCCACCACACACCAGCCUCUGGGUCACACGGGCGGCUGCCCUGACCCCGAAACGCUUGGUGGGGUGGGCUCCGUACUGAGUUUUGAGACUGGGGGUGGUCAGUGACAGAUAUAAAUACCCUCAUGUAGCUGUAGGAGUGUCUGUGCUUAUAGGGCUGUGUGCUUCAGGGCUUCCAGGAGGCUUCUGUACCUGGCAGGUACGGCAAGCAUCGGCUGGAGCGUAGGUUUAGCAGAUGUUAUAGAUACAACGCAGCCACCGUGCCUGGUUGGGCCAAGAGCAUGCCCAGCGCUUGGGCUUCGUUUGUACAGGGCUGGGUUUGAGUUUCAGAUGUGUUUGUGCUGCGGGCGAGAGGGAGGGCAGAGGCGCAUCUCUCUGCCUUACUGGUCUGCACAGCGAAUGUCGGAGCAUUUCCUCUCCUGCUAGAGGAGAUGUGUCUUUGGGCUGAGCAAACAUUAUGGGGUUGGGGUUUGGCUUUUCAAAGAAAGGGGAAAAAAAAUAAAUUUAACAUUAGCAGUUUCUAGAAUGUGCAAUUUAAGGGAAGAUGAGAACAUGAGCAAGGUAACGCUGAGAACUGGUACAGGCGGGCAGGGAGGAGCUUGUCACCUGCCCUCCCUGGGGCAGGGGUCCCACUUGGGGCCAGGUAACGAUGCUGACGGUGCCUCAGACUAGGCAGAGAUUUUAGGCCAACUUUGACUGGCUUCUCCAAGUCACAGCGACUAAUGUUACUGACCUGGUAUCCUUUCUGCCUUGUACUCACCUUCUUGUAAGGUUAAAACUGAUCUAAUCUGGUAGGGUUUCAGAAACAAAGGUCAGGAUGCUGGACGUUGGCUGAAGGAUCCAUCUAGACCCAUCAGAACCCAGGAGUGGACAAAUACAGGUCAUGGAUUUAUACAGAUUUAUUUACUUCUAGAAAUACGGCAAGUUCCAUACUACUUUUACUGCUCUAAAGGGUUCCUGUCUUUUUUCUUUUUUUUUUUAACCCAGAGUUGCCAAUACGAAUGUAGCCUUCAGUUACAGAAAUCCCCACAACCAGUCUGCAGAAACUUUAUGUCCAAAGCAAAAGAACAGGGGGAGGGGACAUUAAAACAUCGUACCUUCUUCAAAAAAAAUGGUUGGAUUGGAGUUUUAACACAUGGAUGCUGAGGUCAAUGUUUUGCUUUGCAGAAUGGGAGACUGAACGGAAAGUCCUUGUCAUUUCCAUUCCUGUGCAGUUAGCAUUUGCUGUCAGCCUGUCACCCUCAGAACCUUCUCACAGGCCCCAAGGGGAGCACACCUUAAAUAUGAAGCCAAGAAUUUAUUCAUUGUCCAAUUAAUUUUUUAACAAUUUAAUAGCCCCAAUUAUUGAUCCCGUUACCAUAAUAAAACCUGAUAGUGCAGGGGUUUUUUUAAUAAGGCAAAGCCUCAAGAAUACAGUAGAAGCCCUUGGUGAUGCCUGCCCCCUUGGCUGGGGUUGAGCUCCCACUUCGGUGUCCCUCUGGGCCCCAGGGGUGACCGCUCCAGCCCUCCUGGCACCGAGUUGGGGGCUGGACCAGCAUCAGCGUCCACAGGCUGCGCGGGCGGGCGAGGGCAGUGCCGGGGGCUCUGCCCCCUCUUUCCCAGGAAUCCCAAGAUGUUGGAGCUGACGCUUCCUCCCGCCUCAGCCCCAGGUCCACUUGAGUUUAUUUCGUAUGCCUUUUCACACGGUCAGCCUGUGCUGCUGCUUUUUGUCGGUUCCCGGUUAUUCAUUUUUUUCUGUUCUCUUCAUCGCGCUGAGGUGGUUGCCCUGACCCGCUACCACCGGGUGGCUCAGGGCUGCGCGUGGCCAUGCCACCUUCCACGGGUGGCUCAGGGCUGUGCUCGGCCAUGUCACCUUCCACCGGGGAGCCAAACUGGCCAGGUCCCCCCAGGGUAUCGGCUCGUGUCGCCCUAAACUACAGCCCCCCUAAAGCAACCCGCGAUUAACCCAGUGGCUGGACAGCCGCUGGCAGGGCUCAACAAGCUGAAGCCACCCCAGGUCCAGGCCAGCCCUGAGCCCAUGCUCGGGCUGGCACAGAGCCUGGGGCCUUUCAGCGCUUAUUUAUAAAUGACAUUUCCUGGGCCACUGCCCGCUCAGAAAGGGGACAGACGUGCCCAGCCCCGUGGCAGAGGCGGAUGGAGGGCUGCCCUGGGCCGGGUACGCGAGUGGGGAGCUCUGGGAGGGGGGUGGCUGGGGAGGAAUGUUUGCCUCCGUGUUACCAAGGUGGUGGUUCCUGGUGGUCUGGUUUGAAAAGGCCUUGAACUUCACAGGGAUGCAGAGUGGGGUGGUGGUCUGGGAAAAAAUAUUGGCAAGGACCCCUGUCCCUGGAAAGGGGAGAACCAGAAAUAGUGGAUUUCCAAGUGUCUCUGUCUUUCAGCCUGCUCUUUUGUGCCAUAAUGUGUAUGUUUUAACUAAGGGCGAGGGUCUCAAAAGGCUUUGAGAGUGCAGCUACUUAUCAUUUACAAAUGACAAACUGCCUGUUGUUUUCCGGUGGGCUUGGUAGGGGCUAAGGUAUAGCAAAAUAUCUAAAGUCCACCUCUGCUUUAAACAGAUGCAUUUCUAUUUGCAGGAGUAAGAAUUAUUUCACUUAUUGGCAUAGCUGGACAGUUAUCUAUUUCUUUCUGUUACCAAGGUACUUGUAACUCUCUUGCACUGUUUAUCUAAAGUUGAAAUAUGUUCUUUGAAUCCUUGUAUAAAUAAAAAGGCUGGAGACUUAAA